AUGAACAGUCAAGGUCCUGUUGAACAUGAUUCGGCAUAUUUACUUAUUGUUGAUGCAAAUAAUUUACUUGUUGAAAUUGAUAUUAUUCAUAAUUCUUUUCGAAGACUUUAUCGAAAAAGAUUUCCUGAAUUAGAACAACUUGUUCAAUUACCAUUAGAUCGAAAUAAAAUUGAACAAGCUAUAGCAAAUGAAAAUUUACUUAAAUUUUUAACACAAGCAACAAUUAUGAUUGUUACUGCAAUGGAAUUAAGCGAAGAUAAACAAACAAUAUUGUCGUAUGUUGAAUCUCGAACGACAUUCACUGCACCAAAUUUAUCAAUUAUUGUUGGUGCAUCAACUGCAGCUAAAUUAAUGGGUAUGGCUGGAGGUUUAACAAAUUUAACAAAAAUGCCUUCAUGUAAUAUUUUAUUAUUGGGUGCACAUAAGAAACUUCUGGGUGGAUUUUCAACAACAGCAGCUAUGCCUCAUGCUGGAGCGAUUUUUUAUUCAAAAAUUGUUCAAGAUUGUCCACCGGAUCUUCGAGUAAAAGUCGCACGUUUAGUUUCUUGUAAAGUAACAUUAGCUGCACGUGUUGAUAGUUUUCAUGAAAGUCCUCAAGAGAAAUUAGAAGAACCACCACCGGUUAAAAUAGUUAAACCAUUACCACCACCCAUUGAUCCUGGAAGAAAGAAACGUGGUGGACGAAGACAUAGAAAAAUGAAAGAACGUCUUGGAAUGACUGAAUUACGUAUUGAAGAUGCUUAUCAAGAUGCAGUUGGAUUUUUAACAGAUAUGCUUGGAAAAUCUGGUUCUGGAAAAGUUCGCGCAGCACAAGUUGAUUCGAAAACAAAAGCAAAAAUAUCUCAAAAACUUCAAAAAAAUUUACAACGUCAAAAUAAUGCGUAUGGUGGUACAACAACAGUACAUAAUAGAAAACAAAUUAGUGGAACAGCAUCAAGUGUUGCUUUUACUCCACUUCAUGGCCUUGAAAUUGUUAAUCCAAAUGCAGCUGAUAAAGAUAAAACAGGAAUUGAAAGUCAAAAAUAUUUUUCCAAUACAUUUGGUUUUACUAAAAUUAGUCCAUCUGUUAUUCCAAAAACAACUUAA